UGACACAACUUUCAGAACAAACAAAUACAAUUUAGUUUGUGCGCCAUUUGUAGGUGUCAACAACCAUUGGAGUAAUGUGAUGUUUGGUUGUGCUUUUAUUGCUGAUGAGAAGACACACACUUUUGUGUGGCUAUUGGAAACAUUUCUGGACUCUAUGGGAGGCAAAGCACCUAUAACUAUCUUUACAGAUCAAGAUCAAGCAAUGGCAAAUGCUAUUGAACAAGUAUUUCCUAAUACAAGACAUAGAUUAUGCUUAUGGCACUUACAAAAGAAUGCUGUGUCAAGAUUUGGAGACUUAAAAGCUGACAAUACAUUCAAAGACACAUUCAAGAAGUGCUUAUAUCGUUGUUACAAUGAAGAAGAAUUUGAAACCACUUGGUUUGACAUGAUUACUAAGUAUAACCUUCAAGAUCAUGAUUGGUUUACAAAUCUCUAUACAAUAAAAGAAAAAUGGUGUACAGCUUUGAACAAAGAUUUUUUCUCAGCUGGAAUAUUGUCUUCACAAAGGUAAAUGCUUAAA